CUUAUAGGAUGAAACAAGUUUGUAGCUGACAGCAGGGGCUUGUUUGUUUUUCUGUGCUAUUUCUGUUGCAAUUAUGUCCCCUAGACCUCGAGGCCGGUUGUUGUUGUUGCUUGAGCCCGACUUGUGUCCCUGACUCGGUCGAUCAUGGACACCACCAGGAUUGCUUUCUGCGUUGUUAGCACAAGUUCUGCCGCAAUAUGCAUGCACUCGUCCACCCGCUUCUACAUAUCUGGGUUUUACCCCGCAGUACUAUGCAGAUACUUUGAAUCAGCGACAACAAAAAAGAAGUGAAUACGGGGUAAAGUCUACCGAACACAUUUGAACCAUGAUUGAUGAUGACGGUCGUGAAAGGAUUAGAACGACUGAGUGAUAAGCCUUGUAACAGUACAGCCUGAAGUCAACGCGUGGUUUUAUAGAGGGAGCUUUCGAAUGAAGGCAUCAGAUCCGUUUGAGUAUUGAGGCACUACAUUCCCAACCAGGAAAAAGGCCGCGUGUUGUUUCAAUUGAGAUUUUGCUAGUCAUUUCCGUGUCAUAGGAUAUGGCCUGUGCUGACUUACUGUAUUUAGGCGCUUGCGGUCAGAUGGGCCUUGAUGAUGCGAAAGUGGCAGUAGCUGAGAAGACUGUCACUGGACGUAAGAAUGGCAUGGUCAUUACCAAAUAUCACAUCGAUGAACCAAGACGACGGUUAGUUUGUUGAUAUUUCGGAAAAGCCAUCGAUACCAAGAAAAGGCAAAGUUGUGCGACGCCGGUGGGUAUUCAGAUAUUAUCAGCCCCGUGUUGUGACCUCGGUCCCACACUUUCCCCGCUCUUUCCCUGCGAUGGAUCGUAAGAAUAAGACUGCUUGGUUUAUCGGAAGCUUAUGAUUGGAACGAGUUAUCGGAUCGCAGUCGCGCUAAUAUGUACUUAUCAACCCCUGACAAGGAUAGGCGCUGAAAAACUCUGCCGUGCCAGCGAAAGGACAAACACGUCCCGGGAGACUUCCUUUGGCAGAUUGACAGCUUGGAAGUGUCGCAAAUGAAGAAUGGAAGAAAACAACAUGGCAGACAAUAAUAUGUGAUAACAUUUAGAAC